UUUGUUGUCUCCAAUAAAAGCACUCUUUAUAGCCAUUUUUUGCUUUGGUCUUAGCGGUCCGCAGGCAUCCAGUGGAUGUUACGAUUGUGGCGUGAGUGGACGUGCUCCAGAAAAUUCCCAAAAAAAUCAUUCAAGUGAAAAAUCAUCCGAAAAUACGAAAAAUCUCUGAGAAAAUUGGCAAAAUAACAUUGCAAAAAUGCUUGAUCUUUUUAGCUCAGUCCAUGCGAGAGUGAGUGUGAGUGUAGCACUGGGGCUUGGUGUUGUGGCAGCAACUUUUGGCUACUUCUACCGGAAGAAACUCCUCACAGAGCCACCCAAAAAAUGGAUUCGUGUUGGAGAUCUCACAUCACUCAUGAUCUACCCAAUAAAAUCCUGCGCUGGGAUCCCAGCGAGUGAGCUUCAGUGCAACAUCCUGGGUCUUGGGGAAGGAUAUCUCAGAGAUCGUGUCUUCAUGCUCGUGACGGUUGAGGGGCAAUUCAUAACAGCCCGGAGCCAUCCGAAAUGCGUGCAAAUCCAGCCACGAAUUAUAUUUUCAAAGAUGUACCUCAUUGCACCGGAUCAGCCCGAAAUGUUCGUCGAUACGGAAUUGCUGAAGAAGAAAGCUCGUGUGAUUGCCUCCGUAUGGGGUGAGGAGGUCUCCACAAUUGACUGUGGUGAUGCUGUGGCUAAGUGGUUGUCCAAAUACCUCCUUGAUCGUGACACGGGGGUGCGUCUUGUCUACUACCCCGAUACGUUUCCCACGCGCAAUGCAUGGAGUAUCCGGAAAAAUAACAAAGAUUUGGAAACACAUGCUGGAGCUCUGCAUGAUAUCACGAGUUUUAUGCUCAUGAAUCAGGCAUCUGUGGAUGAUCUCAAUAAGAGACUACAGGAACCUGUUAGCGUUGCCCAAUUGAGGCCAAACUUCCUGGUUUCGGGACGGAAGGAGUACGAAGAGGAUGAAUGGAAUUGGGUCAAAAUUGGCAAUGUGAUCUUCAAGAAUGUUAAGCUCUGUGGCAGAUGCAUCUUCACAAACAUCAAUCCAGACACUGGCGAAAGGAAUCCAGCUGGGGAACCUUUGAAGACUCUCAAGAGCUACCGAAUGGUCAGUGAGGACAUUGAUGCACCAAUUAUGGGAAUUCAUUUGGGCGUCCAUACGUCAGGAUCCGUAAACUUGGGAGAUCCUGUCUACGUGGGUGUUACACCAUCAUCAUCAUCAUAGCCCAAUCAUAGCCACUUUUUUGUCUUUUAAAUUUAGAAAGUAGUUGUAUAUAUAUUUUUUUCUUGUGCUCAAAACUUUCGCUCUCAGGUCUUCAAAAUAAAAUUGUCUGAUGUUCAUUUUUCUA